GAAGAGCUCGCACGGUCAGACACACCUGUGACAACCAAGACACACUGUCCAGUCUAAACGUAAUUUCUCUAGCGUAAAGCAAGAUGUCGUGGGUUAGCGGAAUGCUAUUGAUGGGCGUAGCGUUCGCCGUCGCCAGCGCUUACACAAAUCCUCCCUUGCCUCCUCAAUAUGUUGUCCAGGAGCGGCCAAAUUACGGAGAAGUCCCAAGACCAACUUACCACCAAACCUACUGCCCAAAAAUUGCUGGACUAGAGUCGCAUUGCCGACUUAGUAAGGAUUGCGCCGUGUGGCACAACGAAGUUUUCUCUUAUCCGAACACGGCUUGCAAAUUGAGCGAUGGAUCUCCAGGAACCUGCUGCCCCGAUCUUCCGUACAACUACAAGGGAACAUCGUUCAAGGAGCCUCCUCUAUGCGAGGGUAAAGUUGAGUUGGACGACCAUGUUGAAUGUCUCGACGUAUUUUCGGUGAACGCAGCCUCUGACGUUGGUGAAUUUGAGCUAAGAUUGCACAAAGAAACAGCCAAACGUCUCCGAGAAAAGGGCAUCGUAGUUCAAGCCGCUUCACCCCGAGCUACACAUGCCCGUUUCUCCAACCCAUCAGAACAGGCCCGCAACGUAACCACCGAAGCAUUCGUCGGUGUCCAUACAGCAGUCGUUCUCGUUAAAAGAUUCAAAAUCAAAACCGACCAGGUUGGCUGCGCUUUGCACAGAUUCAAGCUGUCAGAAACCGAUUUAGACGACAAAUGUAACACCGUAAGCAAGGCCCAUUGUAGUGAGGACAAAUUGAAUUCCCCCUUCCGAACGAUAGACGGUUCGUGUAAUAACGAAAGACACUUCGUUUGGGGUCGUUCAGUUACUCAGUACCAUCGUAUACUUCCAUCCGACUACGACGAUGGUGUCUGGUCUCCCCGAAAAUCCACUAACGGUAACACACUUCCCAGCGCCCGCCUCGUAUCCGUUGCUUUGAUGCAUGAUGUUGACCAGCCUAGCGAGUCGACCACAAUCUGGUUCAUGCAGUACGGACAAUUUAUAGACCACGAUUUGGUGUCGACUCCGGAAAUGUCGAACGAAGACGGAACACCAGUUGUCUGUUGCAGUGACGACGGGGAACAUCUUGACGAUGAGGAUCGCAGUCACGGCAAGUGCCUUCCCAUUGAGGUCCCAAAGAACGAUCCAUUUUUCUCCAAAUUCGGCCGAACUUGCAUCCCACUCAUUCGAGCCGGUCUAGCGUGCAGAACCGAUGGCAAACUUGGUCAUGCAGCUCAACUCAACGACAACACCCAUUUCUUGGAUUUAUCACUUGUUUAUGGCUCCGACGAUAAAAAGGCAGAAGAGCUGCGCAAAGGCGAGAACGGUGAACUGAAGGUCACUGCAAGACACGGUGGUCCAGAGUUCGAUUUGCUACCACCACUCGACAGCCCUAGCCCUCUGCAAGCCCCUUGCACCUUGCCCAAGGAAGUGUCUGGUAUUGAUCCACCUGCAGAUGUCAAAUGCUUCAAAGCCGGCGAUGGUCGUCCCGAUGUAACCCCAAAUAUGGCUACCUCGCAAAUUAUCUUCUUGAGGGAGCACAAUAGACUUGCACGAGAAUUGGCACAGUUGAAUCCAUCGUGGAAGGAUGAGCGUCUGUACCAGGAAGCCCGGCGCAUUUUGAUUGCUCAAGCUCAACACAUCACCUACAACGAAUGGCUACCUAUCCUUCUCGGCCGGGCGAAAAUGGCCGAACUUGGCCUGUUGCCACUGCAGAGUGGUUUCAGUAGAGAUUAUGAUGAACACCUCAAUCCCAGCAUUCUGAAUGAAUUUGUCGGCGCUGCUUUCCGUUUCGGUCACUCUAUGGUGCAAGGAAAAGCUCUAUUGAUGAACGAAGAAAGGAUUGUGGAGAAAUCCCUCUUGUUACGUCAUCACUUUUUCAAACCACAGGAGCACUACACUCCUGGCAAUCUUGAAAAAUUCCUCAUCGGCCUGGCUACACAACCCAGCCAAAAAGUGGAUCCCUAUUUCACUGUUGAGCUUACCGAGCAUUUGUUCGAGCAAGCAGGCAAGGGUUUCGGUUUGGAUUUGGUGGCUCUUAACAUUCAGCGUGGACGCGAUUUAGGACUUGGUAGCUAUAAUGAUCACCGAGAACUCUGCGGCAUUGGACGAGCAAAGGACUUCGAUGGCCUUCGCGAUUUAUUCGCCCCUGCGAUCAUCCAGCGUUUCAAAGAGGUGUACAACUCUGUGGACGAUAUUGACCUGUUUGUUGGAGGCAUUAGCGAGGCAAAGGCAGAAGGCGCUUACGUAGGCCCUACCUUCCAAUGUAUUUUGGCAGACCAGUUCUUGAAACUGAAGCGUGGAGAUCGUCAUUUCUACGAUCUAGGCGGCCAACCCGGUUCAUUCACAGAAGCACAAUUGAACGAAAUCCGCAAGACCAGCUUGGCCCGAAUCGUUUGCGAAAACAGCCACGUUUAUAACAUCCAGCCAAUGGUUUUCAAAACUCCAUCUGCAAUGAAUCCUAUCGUGAGCUGCCAAUCUUACUCUAUUCCCCGUAUCGACCUUCGCCCAUGGCAAGAGGAUUAUAAACAGAAGGCCUACAGUCAACCGUGGUAGGAUUAACAUCAUCCAUCCUGAAAUUCGGAUGCCGCGUAGUCCAAAGAAUGUAUAGCAUAUAUUGUAUAUGAACAUAGUGAUCGAACAAAUAUACGAAAUAAAGACUCGAA